UAAAGCCGCCUUAAUCUUAAUGGAUUUUUAUACCAGCCUAUUUCACCUCGCCAUCUAUAUUUUCAGCCUUCUCUCGCUCGUCUCUUCGUCUCUCUGCUGAAAAGUAAAAUUAAUUAAUGUCUUGUUAUUUAUAAAAAAAAAAAAAAAAGAAAGCUAAACCUAAGUUCAACGACGUGCAAAGGUGUGAAGAGAAAUAUUCUCGAUUGGAAUAAACAAUAUUUUUAGGCAACCGAAAAAAAUGUCGCCAGCACAUUUGAUUUUAUGUGUGCUGAGCUGCAUUGCAUUUUCCGGAGUUGCAAAUGCCGUCUAUGAGGAUUGCUGGAAACCACCGCCUGUUGAUAAUGCCAAUGCAGACUUGAUUGUGAGCGAAUCGGAUCAUGUGAACACUGCCAUCUACAGCUGUGUUUCGGGGUAUGUUCUUAAAGGUCCCGAGGAGCUGUUCUGCGACGUGGACACCGAAGAAUGGGAAGGCGAACCUCCCAUCUGCCUCAAAGCGAAGGACGCCCACUCGGAACGCAAACAGAAAUUGCCUGCCAUUGACGAGGAUUCAAAUGUGCCCGCUGAGUUGGUGCAGCAGCUUGACUUGAGCUGCCUUGAAGCUAAUGUGGAGGCGCCAGAAAUCAGUAAUGGCAUCGUAGCAAAAUACGAAAGAGGAAGCCAUGGAGAGAAAUUUUUCCUUGUGGCGUAUUAUGCGUGCAAUGAGGACUACGAGUUUGAGAACAGACAGAUUAAUGCUUUGUACUGUGGAGCCAAGCAUUGGGUGGGAGAUUUGCCCGCUUGUCGGCCCGACGAUGGCGAUGACGAAUAUUUAGAUGAUUCGUUGGAUAAACUAAAAACUCUAAUUAAGAGACUUGAAGCACUUACUUCAGUUGAGAAUGAAGUACAAACUCCAAUUGAGAAUGAAGUGCACACUGCAGUUGAGCCGCAGGUGGAACAAGUUGAGGAGACGGCAGCUCAUCCCGAAGUGGAAUUGAAACCUGAAAACGAACAAAAUGUAGAGCCAACGACUAUUCAGAACGAGAGGGAGAUUGUGUCUGAGAAUGUCACCGACAUCAACAUUGUUGUUGCACCCACAAAUGAUCCUUAUUCACCUCGACUGCUGGACGAGAAUUGCGGUGAAGAUCGCGGUGGUUGUGCGCAAAAAUGCGAGCGUGUCUUGUUCCCCGGAGAGAAUGAACCGCGUCUCAAGUGUAGCUGCUAUGAGGGUUUCACUCUGGAUCCUCAGGAUUAUUCCACCUGUCAUGAUAUUGACGAGUGCCAGGAGUCGAAUGGCGGCUGCUCUCACAUCUGCAACAACUUGCCCGGUGGCUACGAAUGCGACUGCGAGAAGGGCUAUGAGAUUGACGCAGCUACUCGCAACACCUGCGUGGAUAUUGAUGAAUGUGCGCUACCCGAAGUGAUUGCCGAGUGCGCUAAUGGCUGUGAGAAUACGCCUGGUUCCUAUCGCUGUGUGAUUGCUUUGAACACCAACGAGGAAGCUAAGGAGCAAGAAAAGAAAGAGGACGAAGAAGCUGUUAAACAAACAAAAGAGGAGAAGCAGGACAACGAAAUUGAAGUCGGGCCAGAGGAAUCCGUUAAGGCUGUUGAGACGGAACCACAACCUGAACUCGAAGUUGAACCCAAAGUUGAACCCGAAACGGUGCCUGUAACUCGCAAACCAAUUUGCAGUCCAGGCUUUGGGCUCUCGCCCGACGGCAGCGUCUGUCAGGACAUCAACGAGUGCGACAUUGUCGUGGAGAAUGACAGCAACAUAGAGCACGUUCCUCAUCGUGUUUGCCAGCAGCUCUGUGAGAACACGCUUGGUUCCUUCCGUUGCAGCUGUCGUGAUGGCUUCCAUUUGCUGGAGGAUCAAGUCAACUGCCAGGACAUCGAUGAAUGUGCUCAGGGCACACACAAAUGCAGCCACGAUUGUUUCAACACAGCGGGUGGCUAUCAAUGCUUGUGUCCACGUGGCAUGUCGCUUCAGGAACCGGAAGGACUUGCCUGCGUGGCGCCCGAUCCUUGUGCUGUGAACAACAAUGGCUGCGAGCAGCUUUGCCGCAGUGCCGAAAACGGCAUUUGCGCUUGCAGCAAGGGUUAUGUACUUAGUGAGGAUGGCAAGAGUUGCAACGAUGUGGAUGAAUGUAAGGUGAACAACGGCGGCUGUCAGCAGCUGUGUCACAAUGUACCAGGUGCGUAUGAAUGCCACUGCUCGACGGGCUACGAGAUGCUUCAGCUGCCGGGACUUUCCUCUGAUUACUGCUUCGACAUCGACGAAUGCGCCCAGAAUACGCACAGCUGUGAGCCGCCGCUGCAAUGCGAGAACCUCAACGGUUCCUAUACUUGCUUAUGUGAACCAGGCUACGCUUGGGGCUACGACAAUCGCAUUCAUGAAUCAUCAUCUGUCACAUCAACAUCACCUGCAGCUUCAUCACCAUCCGCUUGCUUGGACAUUGAUGAGUGUUCGCUUGCAAAUGCGAACUGCUCGCAUUUCUGCAUCAAUUUGCCGGGAAGCUUUCAGUGCGCUUGUCCCUUGGGCUUCACUUUAAACCCGGACGAUCGCAGUUGUAGCGAUCAUAAUGAGUGUCUUCAGCAGAAUGGCAACUGCGCGCAACUCUGCUUGAAUCAACCGGGUGGCUUUGCAUUAAUCUUAGGUUCGCGUGAGUGUGCCUGUGAUCGAGGAUAUGAACUUUCGGCUGAUGACAUCACUUGCCGGGAUGUGGAUGAGUGCGCCGGCUUACUUUCAGGUGGCUGCACACACGAGUGCAUCAACAAACCGGGCAGCUUUGAAUGUGGCUGCCCCUUGGGCUAUCUGCUACAGGAGGACGAACGCAGUUGUCGUCCAGCUCUCGUCGGUUGUCCCCCUGGCUCGGAGAAGUCGGAGCAAGGCUGCUCGCCCAUCGAGUGUGGCGAGGGAAUGUUGAUCGGGGUCGAUGGCAGCUGCGUGGACAUCGAUGAGUGUCAUGUGAACAACGGCGGCUGCUCGCAUCUCUGCGAGAAUGCUCAGGGCUCUUUCAAAUGCGACUGUCCCACGGGUUACAAGCUAGCGGAGAAUGCCCAGGAUUGUGUGGACAUCGAUGAAUGUGCGGUGAACAAUGGCGGCUGCGAGGAGUCGUGUUUGAAUGAACCUGGUAGCUUCAAGUGCUCGUGUGGCGCUGGCAAGAAGUUGUCCUUUGAUGAGCGCAGCUGCUACAAAUCAUUCGAGGUGCUCAAGCCAAGCUUGCCGCCUGCUCAGAUACCGCUCUCGGAGCCUCGACCAAUGCCUCUAACGCCGCUGGGCGAGGAUCUGUUGCCACAACCAGCUCCAUCGCCAGUGCCGUUGCCUGCCCCAAGACCAGUUCCAACUUUCCCAUCAUUCACAUCAAAUCAGUUGCCGAAACAUAGACCGACUCCACUGCCAGCUCCGAGAGUAUUUCCCAGUACCGAUUUACCUACUCCUAUCGCCCCAGAUCACAGCGAUCGAUGUGUGCGCUUCCAGGCACCAGCCAAUGGCAGGGCGCAUUGCAAUCGGUAUCGCCACAAGCGCAAGUUGCACUACAACACGCGUUGCAAGGUGCGUUGCAAUGCUGGCUAUGUGCUCUUAGGUUCGGAGAUCCGCAACUGCGGCAUAACGGGCAAUUGGGAGGGAGAAGAGAACAAGUGUGUGUCCGCACAUCAGUCUCGUGGCGUGUGGCUAACAGACUCAACCCCACAGCGGACACCAGCUGGUGUUUGUCCUCCACUGCCUGCCCCCAGCAAUGGCGUCAUCCUCCCAGCUAACUGCACGCGAGUCGCCUCCACUUUCGGCACCAUCUGCUACCUGCAGUGCAACAUGGGCUUUGUGUCAGUUGCCGGAAUGAUCACCACCUGCUUCAAUGGCUGGAGCUUGGGCAGCGUCUUGGAGUGCAAACCUUUUGACUCGAAUCUGUUCGAUAGUCGCAACUCCACAAGAAUUGUUGCUCCUUGGCAAGCACAACAAACAUUUAGACAGAAAUCGAUCAUCACGAUUCCUUUUACUUCCUACCAACCCACCAGAUUGCCCGACUUAAAAAUUAAGCAGAAAUUCGCCAAGCUAACACUGCCAAGACCAGCUAAGAGCUUGGUUGAAGAGGUGCCUUCUUCGCGUCACCCCGAGAGCAGUCGCAUCGAUCUGGGCUCAUCCACAUCCAGCUACUGUCCGCCUUCGUUUGAGGUGCAUCUGAAGGAGCAUCAAAAUCUGCGUUCUGUACUUUGGGAAGAGCCGCGGUUCGAGGGCAAACUGCUGAAGAUUUUCAAGUCAUCGUUCCCUGGUGCGUUGUUUGGCGUUGGUGAUCACACUGUGAAAUACGAGGCAACCACAACAGAUGGACGAACAUUUCAGUGUACUUUCAUAAUCCAUGUCAAACCUGCCUCCGCUUCUUCAACAGCGACGCAUGCAAGGCUCAGUUAUCCUGUCGAGCAGGAAACACACAGCAGUCUCUUCGCUGGCCAUGAGUCCUACGUUAUUUGUCCCGAUAAGGAGCCAGUCAGAGUUACAUCGCAACAAUCUGUCAACCUGCCCGUGGGCUGCAGUCUGAAGAACGUUCGGCCAAAGUAAAGUGCAUUAACAAAGCCGAAACGUGGUCUACUCACCUCGCUCUGGCGUCAAUAUGGGAGUUACUAAUUAAUCGUUAGUCAAUUAUCGUUAACUCAAUUUACUUAUAUUGAUCUUUUUUAUAAACUCACGAACUAUCUAUUUUAUUUGUAUCGAUAAUUCUUAAAUAAAUAAAUAAUU